AAAAGCGCUCCCGCUCCGCUCUGUCGCCGAUGUCGCCGCGAUGUCGCCGCUCGCCGACCCCGAGAAUCCCCCGGCAGCCCCGCGGCCCUGCCGGUGCCUCUGCCCGGACCGGGACCGGGACCCGAACCGGGACCGGGACCGGCACCAGGAGCGGGACAAGAACCAGAACCGGGACCGGCACCAGGACGUGAACCCGGACCAGAGCGGGUACCGGAACUGGGACCAGAACCGGGACAUGAACCGAGACCGGGACCAGAACUGGGACCAGAAUCGGGACCGGAACUGGGACCAGAACCCGCGCCAGAACCAGGACCGGAGCUGGGACCGGAACCGGGACCAGAACCCGCGCCAGAACCAGAACUGGGACCGGAACCGGGACCAGAACCGGGACCAGAACCGGGACAUGAACGGGGACCAGAACUGGGAAAAGAACCGGGAGCAGAACUGGGACAUGAACCGGCACCAGAACUGGGACCAGAACCGGGAAAAGAACCGGCACCAGGAUUGGAACCGGGACCAGUACCGGGACUUGGAGCAGAACCGGGACCAUCUCCAGCACCGGGAGCAGAACCGGGACUUGGAGCGGAACCGGGACCAGAACCGGGACUUGGAGCAGAACCGGGACCAUCCCCAGCACCGGGAGCAGAACCGGGACUUGGAGCGGAACCGGGACCAGAACCGGGACUUGGAGCGGAACUGGGACGGUCCCCAGCAGCAGGACCGGUGCCGGUGCCGGUGCCGGUGCCGCCUGCUCGCGGCGCUCGCCGCCCUGGCCGCGCUGGCCGCGCUCGGAGCCGCCGCCGCCGCCGCGCUGGGGGCGCUCCGGGGGCAGCCCCCGGUGAAGGCUGCCACCGCUGCCCACGUCCUGCUCAGUGCCAGUAAGUCCUGAAUGUCACCUGAUGUCCCCUGAUGUCCCCUCCUGUCCCCUGUGACCCCUGUGUCCCCUGAUGUCAC